AUGGAUGAGGACCUGCGUCUUCUCGAGCAGGAGUACUGCCCAGCAAUAGACCCCACACUACUUUACACGAUAUACUCGGACUUUGCGGGGGAACCAAACGCAAUUGACCUUACUAGGCAGUUACUGGAACCCCUGAAAUUGACAGCCGAGGCGGAAGCCCUCGACUUUGACCCAUCUGGCAGUAGCGGAGGCGCUGUCCAGAGUAGCCCAGACAAACACAGCACCGAUGCCGACUCCAAUGCCGAAUCGUGGACGACGCAAACGGUAGCGACGGAUCACUCGACUCUCUCGAACGACUUCUCGACACUUAGUGUUAACGGACGGUCAGGGAGCUCGGAAGGGUCAUUGGAGGAUGGGUACUACAAGGACACUGAACAAUUCGACGUCCCAACAAAGGAGUUGUUGCUUGCCGAAACCUUCCCUGGCCUACGUCUUGCGCAAGUGACGUAUACGCUGAAGAAGUGCGGAUACGAUUACGAUAAAGCGACGGAUGAACUGCUGAACCAAGUUUUCUUCGAUGAUAGUAGGAGGAGCCCUACUGAAGAAGGACCAGUUGCGAAGGGUAUUGAUGCGUUUUCAGAAGAUCACCAUGUACCGCAAAAAGGCAAGAAAGGCAAGGGCAAGAAGAAACAGAGACUGUCGCUCGAAGCGGGCACCACUCACUUCGUCGAAUCAGAUGCGCCGGCGAAUCGCUGGCAAAGUACAAGUCGCGACGUUGACUUUAUAACAUCACGCACAGGUCUGUCGGCGAAGACUGUAUCGUCACUUUACCACGCGAACGGAACAUCUCUCUCGGCGACUGUGCUAGCAAUCGUAAGAAAGGACAUCGCUGAGCACAAGAAGGAAAGUCAGCCCGAUGCUGCAUUGGUGCAAGAUGCGAUCACACUCAACGAAGCCUUCCCAUCUAUGGACUUGGAGCAUGCCCUCGCCAUAGUACGCCUUACUGCCCCAUCAACGAUAAAGGCCCAAGACUUAGCAAAGUCCCUCACCCAACAACUUGCGAGCGAGACGGGCGGCAAAGGUGGCAUCAAGCUCGACUUACGAUACGCUCCCGUCGAUCUAUCCGACCCUUCCGAAGCCACUAAACUUCCCACCUUGAAUCCAUCUGCCCGACCGCGCGACGCAGUCUCCACCGCCGCUGCUCGAAACGAAGCAUUUGGAAAAGCAUCUGGCGCCUAUCGUAGGGGCAAAUCCACCCCCCUCAUGCGACAAGCGGCCGCAUACUACGCACAAGAAGGCCGGGACCUAAAUGCCAACCUGAAAGCGAUGAACGCAGCCGAAGCCGACGCAUUCGUCUCGCAACAAUCUGGUCCGACAUAUCUUGAUCUGCAUGGUGUCACUGUGGCAGAUGCAACUAGAAUCGCCAGGCAACGAACACAAGCUUGGUGGAACAGUCUGGGCGAGCGGAGAAUACCAGAGUGGAGUGGGGCUGGCCGGAGAGGCGGUGGUGAGGCAUAUAGAAUCAUCACCGGAUUGGGCAGACACAGCGAGGGUGGAAGAGGAAAGCUGGGACCUGCAGUGCUGAAGACGCUAGUCAACGAAGGCUGGAAGGUAGAAGCGGAGCCCGGAGAGCUAUAUGUCACAGGCCUGGCAAGAAGGAGAUAA